AUGAUGGGGACCAACGAGAGGCCGCCGCUCUUUGCGAUGGCCUUACGCUACCGGUUUGGAGACAGCGUCAAGACGCCAUUUGGUCCAGGAAGCGUUCGCAGCGAUAGCAAGACACACGUGGAGGUGGUGCUGGCGGGUGGUGCCGUGCUGUAUGCGAAGAGAGGCUGCCUGGUGCCGGAGCUACGUAUGUUGCAGUGUGGUGAGAUUCCUACCGACACGAGGGUGCUAAUGCUGCCGCACGAUCGGAAAGAAGGCGUUGUACUCAAUUACACCCACGCAGACAGAAAGUAUCAAGUGCUACUUUAUGACGGAGAGACUCUCACUACAGAAGACAACGAUCCCAGUGUGACGGACAAGCAGACAGAGCUGCUGUCGAAAGAAGAGCUUCGUGUGGCAACGGGGACGCGCGUCCGGACGACUAUGGGUCUGGGAAGCAUUGUAGGCUACAGGAUCUCGAGUGAUUCGUACGUGGUACAGCUUGACUGUGGAGGUGUUGGCUACACGCAAGCAAAUGAUGUUUCGUGUAUUGACUUGCGGCUGCUCGCGAAAGUGCCCAGACCUUUGUCUGCAGAGAGAAUUUACGAAGAGUUUCAGGGACGAAUCACACGUGACGACGCUGUUAUGAUGAGCUUCAAAAUGAAGGAGGCAUAUUGCCAGCUUCAGCGUUUUUGUGAGAAGAACACUGAGGCCAUAUCAUGCAUUACCGCGAACGCGUCCUACGGUGACCAGUAUGUCAAGUCAUUGUCGUUGUUGCUGGACCCUAGCUUGUCAGACUCUACAAGACGCUUGAAGGAUGCUAGUGAGAAAGAGCUCGAGCAUUUGAAGGAGAUAGCAGUUUAUGCCAAGACCGUGCUGGAGAGUGAGCUGCUUGGAGGCGAGGACUCCGCCGCGAUCUUUGCAAAGGCACUAAACGUGUUGAGCCAGUUGAAGAAUAGCGAGGAAAUCAAGCACCUUCGUUUCAGUCUUUGUGAAAGGGCUAGUUCAGAAUUUACGUCCGCGCGACAGAAACUCGUUUCGCAGAGAAGUGAUUCGCUGCCUCUGACACCAUCACAGGAGGAAAACAGGCAUGUCUUGUCUCAGAUUUUGCAAGCUGUGGAGAGAAAAAUGAACGCGGAAAAGCCUCGAUUGGAUGUGCUGAAAACAUCUUUGGAGUACCGCACAUUUCAGGCAAACGUGUGGCCGACAAUGCAGCAGCAUGAAAGUGACGUAAUGAAGGCUCAGGAGGCUUUUGCUCGCCUUGAGCAAAUGGCAAGCAAAAGGUUUGGUGUGAACUCAAUAACCGAGCUGGACCCGAUCGUGUUAGCGCAAAAAGCUGAGGAGCUGUUGCCUACAUUGUCGUCUCGAGCCGAAGUUCUGGUCCAGGCAUCCGAGAAGUAUUGGAUGCAGAUGCAACAAACAUCACACGGACAGACAUUGAUGAAAAAGGCGAAAGCUUUGGUUCAGUCAGUUGAAAACCCUGACGAGUUCUGCAGUACUGUGACGAAGGCUAUUGGUGAAGUUAAGUUGGACAAGCUGGCAGAGUGGAAAAACACCAUAUCCACGGAUCGCGAGAAACGGCAGGAAUUUGUGGAUCAGAUCAAAGAUCAUUGUUUGGAUUUUUUCACGUCAGUUUUGCCGACGUUGAAGGUUGACACGAUAUCAGGCGUGGAAGACGACAUUGCGUAUACAAUCUCAAAUUUGGAUUUGUCGAAUUUCCGUGUGAAAAAAGAGUGGACGAAAGUGCGGAUGGGGACAGUCGUUGACGAAGAACUUUUCACAGUUCGUGCAACACACUUGACUGCACUCCUCAAAGGGUUUGACUGGACUUUCCAACAAAAGUGUUUUCCAUAUUUGCACGGUGGCGGCGUAGCGGAUGCUGCUUUAAGCGGCGGUGUGAUUUCAUUGGGUUUUAAAGCCGAGAAGAAAGCUGUGAACGAGGAGACCGGAGAGUAUAGACCGAUACUGGUGCUCAGCUCGAUGCGAAUUGAGAUCCAACAAGAACUAAAGCUCACCGUACAAGGGAGCUGGUUCAGUGCGGUCUACAAUAUGCUGACGUCUCUUUUUGCCGAAUUAAUUCGUGAGUAUUUGGCCAAAACAAUGGAAACAAAGCUGUUGAAGCAUACGAUAAAGUUGCUGGGUAUACUGAACCAGCAAAUGGACGAGUACUGGCCAUUCAUCUUCCAGUUGUUGGACAUUUGUAUGGACGAUUUGCCAAGUGCGAGUCCAUGGCGUGGUGCGAAGGAGGUCGAACUGCAGCCAGAAGAGCUCGAAUGUACCUUUACGGAUAGGAACACUGUGCCUUUCAGCUUUACAAAGGGUGUGCUAAACAGGUACGUGGUUGUGUCAAACAUACUGAUUGUUGAAAUGUCGUCCGUCAACAAGGAGGAAUCCGACACAAGCCAUGAUAUCCCUUUUACCGAGGAUGUGAAGCGCGUUCCUGUGGGCAGUAGCGUACUGGCAAUCAAUGGCAUGUGCUGCAAGGAAUUGACUGUUGAGGAACUGAAAGAGCUGUUGGAAACACUUCCUGUUCCGUUUACGAUGCGUUUCUCUUUGCUCCCCGAAGAUGUUGCUAAGAAUCGGUGCCGGCAGAUGAAACCACAUCCCGAAUUCAGUGUAUUUACAUUUCGACAAGUAGGGCCCUUUGGGUUACGUCUACGAGCUCGUCCAUUAUCGCCAUGCGGUGCUAUAGUCGUGGGCUUCACUUCUGCAGGAGCCGAUGGCAAAAAGUGUCCAGCGGAACUAAGUGGCAAGAUUCGGGUUGGUCAGCUCCUCAUGAAAGUGAACAAUGUCGAUUUACGCAGUAAAACGCUCUCCGAAGUACUGGUCGUUCUUCGCGACAUUAAAUCGCGUCCUGCGACAGUGCAAUUUGCAACGAGUCCCGAUGCAAUCAUUAGGCUGCGUGACUGGCCUCCUAUGAUCGAGAUGGAGGGCAUAUCUUCUCUCACGUGUGAUAACGACCAGCCGUUUAACCGCAGACAGUACGUUGUGCUGUCUGCCUUUGCUCGUACCCCUUCCUUCGCACAGCGGACUCACUUGGUACAGAAAGGCGAUAUAUUGCUAUUUGCAAACGAUACCAUGCUGACCGGUCCAGAGUACAAGAGCUAUGCCGACAUUAUGGAAGCCUUGCGCGUCAUUGUGAGCCAGGAAGAACCUAUACGAGCCAAGUUUGCGAACCGGGAGCACUUUGCAGUGAUUCGAGAAAAGCUUCAGGAUCGGCGUCUUCUGGACAGCAAAGGCAACACGAAUCGAGCAAAUUGCGAUAGCCAAAAGGACGAAGAGUCUAGAACGAAUGCGAAAAACGGCGAGGGUCAAAAGGUAGCCGAUGUCGGUGACAUUGAUCCAAUGGUGGGCGGCGACACUAUCGACGUUCUGUCGAUGAUCCCGAUGAAAGAGAUCGUCUUUCCGAAAGCUCCAAUGGGUAUUUUGUUCGGCAAUUGGAAGGACGAGGCAGUUUAUAUUCGUGCGUUUGUCUCCAGCCCGGGUCCAGUAGAGAAAACCGGAUUGCUUCGCGAGGGACAUGCAAUACUACAAGUGUGCGGACACGCCGUUCCCUGUGAAGCCACCCCUGCUAUCGUCGAUGAGAUGAUAUUGAAAAUGUCCACGGAAGCAAGAGCGCAUGGAGGCAGCAGUUACGAUGAGAUGCUUGUGACAAAAGGUGGCGAGAAGAAGCCCACGUAUACUUUGACAGUUCGAGAUCUUGAGUUGGAGCAAGAGUUGAUGAAGUAG